AUAGGCCAAGAGAUUCGAUGACGCUAUUUAUGAAAAAAUAGUUCAAGACCAAGCAAAAAACGUAGCGCAACCGACGGCUGCACUAAAUGUAUUUCUCCACUUUCUCAGUAAUGAGCCCGUCACAUUCACUAUGUUCAAGUUUACUGAAGUUAACUGGGGCCUAUUGUUUUCUGCUAAAAAAUUCGAUGCAGCUCUUUAUCGACUUCUGGUUUACAAGAGUCCUCCAAAAUUGACUCAGAGUAUGACGACAUUGAAAUUGUUCUUCCACUUCUCCGGCAAACCUGAAGUAGUCUUCACGCUUUCUGGAUUUCUGAAGCUUGAUUGGAAUCUUUUGUAUUCGAUGAUGGCUGCAGGAUGUGCGUAUCUCAUUGUAAUUAUUCAACUCAAUAACUUCAUUUAA